AUGUAUCCAUUUAACAGCAAUGUCCACAACAAUAUAUUUGACACUGGCCAAACAGUCCCCAACAGCCCUUUUAUCAUUAAUGAUAUCAAUGGCAAUUCCAAACUAGAAGACCAUGACUCUUACUUGUUCCAGUUUCCUUCUCCUUAUAUUCACUAUGAAGAUGACACCAUUUUUCUACAACACCUCCAUGACCUUCUGCUUCAACAGCAACAAUUGACAACUGAUGAUAUAGUAGUUGACGUUGAGAAUACAAUUGACAUGGAGGUUUCAGACAACAAAGAAGCUGGUAACCUGAAAAACAGCCAUAAAGAAAAAUUUCACGGCGCGACCGAGCAGAUUCCGAGGAAGAGAUCUUCAAAGAAAGAUCGGCACAGCAAGAUCAACACUGCUCACGGACCGAGAGACCGAAGAAUGCGAUUGUCCCUGGAUGUUGCUCGAAAAUUUUUUGGCCUGCAAGACAUGUUGGGAUAUGAUAAGGCUAGUAAAACAGUAGAAUGGUUGCUGACGAAAUCAAAAGAAGCCAUUAAAGAGCUAACAAGAGGCUUCCCUCAUAUGAAACAUAGCUGCAGUGUUGGUGCAAACAGUGCAUCUUCUACCUCGGAGUGUGAAGUUAUAUCUGGAUUUGAUGAGUCCGCGUUGGACGAAAACCAGCAAGCCAGCAUUAUCACCAAGGGGAAACCCUCUUGCAACAAAGAGAGGAAAACUCGAGGAUUUCGUAAAACUGCAUCAAGGGAAUCGAGGAAAAAGGCAAGAGAAUGGGCAAGGGAGAGAACAAAGAAAAAGAGAAUGCUUGGUGAAUCAAAGCAAUGUGUAGAAGAAAUGAAUCAUCAUGAUUUGAAUCGAUUAGGGUCUUGGAGUCCCCUAGACACUGGUGAAGAAUCAGGCACACAAGGUCUCAACAAGAAUCCUCCAGAACAAAACCCACCUGAGAAACAGCUUUUUGGGACUAGAGAAGACAUUGGUAGUGAUUCUAUGGUGAUUACAGGCAGUUGGAGCCCAUCUACCAUCUUCAGUUAUCAGUGCAAUCCUGAAAUUUCACAUGAGCAUCAAUUUUCAGACUUUCAGUCUUAUGGCAAACCGUGGGAGACCUACAACAGUCUAAAUCUGCGCUAACAUGAACUAUCCCUUCAUAUUUGGUGGAGCAAGUGGAUAACAUUGGAAGAAAACUAUGUCCCUUCCGUUCGGAAUGCAAUAUAGAUAAGUAGCUUUUGAUGUGUAUAUUCUGUUCUGAACUACUUUGUCC